CGUAAUGGCCGCCUCCAUGUUGUAGCAUGUUUAUGUUUUGGUUGGGAACGCAAAUUGCAGUACAUUUUGCGAGGGUGUUCAGCUGACACUUUAAAAUGACUUCUCUGCUUGAACCAAGCGCUGACGAAGCUCAGAGUUUGUUGAAUCGAUUAAUGUUAGAUACGGAUCCUGCAGCAUGCAGCCCUAUGGGGAACAUCCAGGAGGCCCGCCAGAGGGCCCAGGCUACACCACUCUGGUACCUAUACCAGGAUUAUGUGUGAAAAUGAAGACAGAGAAGAAUGAAAAAGUCUUCAUUAAUGUUUGUAUCUCAGACAAUGUACCAGAACCGAAAGAUUUAACAGAGGCAGAGUUGAUAGAGCUGCUGGAAUCUGACGACCCCACUGGGUUCCGGAUACCAAUGUCUAUAGGAGAACCACAUGCAGAGAUGGAUAAAGGUGGUGCGGGGUGCACGGCCUAUGAUGUCAUCAUCCAUCCCACGUUCCUGAAGAAGGUUGAAACCAGCAAGAUGUUCCUGGCUUUCUUCAUCCAGGUGACCCGUGAGGGUAUCGAGGGGAAGUUCGACGUCCAGCUCAACCAAGAGUAUGUGGUGUUGAAGAACCGCAAGUCUAUGGGUCAACUGCAAGAACAGAAUGUCAGAACCAAGUCCAAACCCUUCAUCAUGGACAUGGGUGACCGAGACCCCGAGAUGCCCACUCCUACCCCACCAGCCAAACCCCUAGUGCAGGAGAUACCCCAAACAGAAGUCAAGAAAGGCCCCGAACCAAAGUUCAAGAUAGUCCAGGAACCAGUGGAAGGCCAUCCUGAAUUCCUGGUGGCAGAAAUCGAGCUGCCGAAAGUUAAGACGGCCAACACGCUGACCCUGGGUGGGGAGGACCGUGUGGUGCUGGACACUCGUUCCAAUGUCUACUACCUGGACAUUUACCUGCCGUACAAUAUCAUACAGGAGGAGGUUGGCUCACAGUUCCACAGGAAGAACAAGAUUUUGACAAUCACUAUGCCGGUUCAGCCAUUGUUAUAGCAGCUGCUCCAUGACAGAAUGUUUCAACACUGAAAACUCAACACUGACACGUAAUGGUGGUGACUCAGCCUCUUGCCACAGCUGUGAUAGGAACAGUGGCCUCUCAGGUUCAUGUGCCAUGUGUCCUCAUCAAGGUCAUUCUCUGUGUUACUUCCCUUGGGGGUUGAGUGAAAAUGGAAGGAUGGAACUCAUUGAAAAGAUGGAACUUAGUUCCAGUGUGAACAGUUGUAUUCAUUGAGGGGAAUAAUCAUGUUAUCAUUUUCCUUCCCAUGUGAUAGAGUGAAUAUGGAAGGAUGGAACUCAGUGGAUUGAUUGAACAUAGUUUCACUCUGAACAGUUAUAUUCAUAAUAUAAUUAUGAGUAUUUGAAAUGUUUUGCAAUAAAGAAUAAAAUUUAAAAAGUUUG